AUGUCAAAAUACUGCAUCGGGCCAGCCAUCCGGGCCGUCGCGUCCGCCGCUGCCGUCAGCUGGAAGCGCUCCAGGCCGUUUGAGCACGCCCCAGGGGCUCCCCCGGCAAAGACCAGGGGCACGGUUCGGUUUCUGGGCGCGACCCUGGACGGGCUCCCGGCUCAUCUCAACUUCACCAAGGGUCUUGAGCACCUCUCCAACAUCGGGGCCAGCCACAAGUGCAUCGUGGAUGUCACCGACCUCCGGGGCCUCGAGCCCCCUGCGACGCUUGGGCACGAGGGCGUCGAGUGGCUCUACUCCCCCUCGUGCCUGUCCGAGGACCGGCUGCUCGGGCCCGACCCGGACGGGGCUUCCGCCUUUGUCCGGACCGAAUACUUUGACGAGUGCGCCGCCAUCGUUAAGGAAAGGACUAGUACCGCCAAGGUCGUGCCCUAUAACUACCGGCACCGACAGAUCCGGGAGGAUACGAAGCUCGACGACCCCUACAAUUUUUCCGGCAAGCCCCUGCCCAACAUUCACAUGGACAACGACGAGGCCACGGCCAAGGCCAUCGUCAACCUCUGGCGGCCGGUGGGUGACGUGGUCCGGCAGUGGCCCCUCGUCCUGGUGGACGCGAGCAACACGCGCGCCGGCCGGGACACGCGGCCGGUGUACACGCUCGGCAACUACAAGACGCACUUCACGGCCCUCAAGCCGCAGGAGCGGUACGGGUUCUACUAUAUAAGCAACCUCGCGCCGGACGAGGCUAUCCUGUUUAUCGACUACGAUUCGCAGCUGCAGCAGGCGGCGGCGGCGGCGGCGGCGGCGGAGGCGGCGAAAAUCCGAACUGCUACGACAGGCCGGUUUCAGGCAUUGCGCACGGCGCGUUCGAGGACCAUAAUGCCCUUGAAAAGGCGCUACGGCGGAGGUUAA